AUGACCAGUCGCGCCAUCGGACAGGUGGGCUUCGUGCGCGGGGCCUCCACGGUGGCCCUCGCGCCGCUGGUGGCGAGCCAGCCUCCCCCGCCGGCGGCCGAUGCCCUGGCCGGGCAGCUGGAGCGCCUGGCACUGGGGCAGCCCGGCGCCGCGGCCGCCAGCCUCCUCGGCCCGUGGAUGGCCUGCACGGCCGACGAGGGCCCCAGCGAGCGGUGGCUCGUUCGCCGCGAGCUCGUCGAGCGCCCGCGUCCCUCGGCCCCCCCGGCCUCGGGCGCACCCCAUGCUGGCAAGAUCCCGGCGGUGGACCUGGCCAGCGAGGACAGCGAGGCCAGCGACGACGAGGACCCGGCCGAGGCCCGGCGCCCUGCCGGCCCCCCCGGCCCGGCCUCCCACCGGCGGUACAUCCUCUGGGAAUAUCACUGCCUGUAUGACCCGCUCUGGCAGGUGCCGGUGGUUUACUUCCGGGCCCUGGACCCGGGCCCGGGGGUCCGCCCGCCGGCCGGCAGCACCUUACGCUGUCUGUGCGCCCUGGAGGCCCGGCGCCUGGCCGGGGUGUCAAUCGAGGGGAUCCUGGCCGGCCAGCCAGCACCGCAGGCCGCCGGGUCGUGCGGCUGGCCCGGGCCCUGCGCCAAGGUGUCCCCGGGGGCCGGGCUACUGGGCGGGCACCUGGCUUGCGCCUGUGUCCGGGAGUGGCCCUGGCCCGGGGAGCUCCCCUUCGAUCUGGGCUUGCGUCUGGACGCCGCACGGCUUGGCUUCGACCCCGCCGAGCUGACCCCCCUGCAUGGGGAUAUGUAUGGGCUGCUGGCCGAGCGCCGGGCCCCGGUGACUGCCGGCAGCCCGGCCAGCCUGGUGUCCGGCCAGCCAACCCUGUCGGUGGAGACGCACCCGUACCUACGGCGCCCGUACUUCAUGGUCCACCCCUGCCAAACUGGCCGGCAGAUGGCCGACCUGCUGGACGACGCGACUGCCGGGCCCGAGCGCUACAUGUCGGCCUUCCUGGCCGUGGCCGCGGCCGGCCUCGGCGGCCAGGCAUGCAUCUGCCAGUUGACGCUGCAUGCCAGCCUUGGAGCUCCGACCGAGCCCCCUGCGUCUCAAUAA